AACGUCCUGAAACGCGCGUGAUAAAGCGGGAGAGUAAAGAUGGCAGAAUAGAAGAGAGAGAAAGAGUGGAUAGAGAGAGAAAGAGGGGAGUCGAAACUCUGAAAGAGCACCUCAUUGCGAAUUACGAGUACUCUAUACAGUGCGGUCCGUCUGAUCCACGGUUGCUACUGGUUAUGGAGGAAGAGAACCUCGACCCAUCUGACAUUAACAGGGUUAAUGUUGACAAAGUAGUGGAGUCUUACUCUGGCAUUUUCUACCUUACCAAGAAAAGAAAAUUUCAUGCAGAGACAUUGGGUUUGCCUCUUCCAAAGCAUAAAUGCUCAGACAGCAGCUUUAGUUCAGAUAUUGUUUCUCCGCUUAAUAAAAACCCAAGAGUUGACGACGUUGACGCACACAUAAUCAAGGGUAAAAUUAUCGUUGUUGCAAAAGAUGAUGAGCCAGAAAUGGGUAAAAUUAUCAUUGUUGCAAAAGAUGAUGAGCCAGAAAUAGUGUCGGGAAAAGAUAGCAAUAGUUACGGUGGAGAUUCGGACUCCACCAUGUCAUCUGCUGAAGCUAAAAUCCAAUUGGAGUAUCCAAAGAUGCUUCUGUCUGAUAUGCCUUCCACUUCAUCUGUUAAUUGGGCCAGUAGCAGUUUCAAGAAUAGCCUUUAUUCUCUGGACAGCAGAAUAGUUUCCAAAUCUGGUGCUGACAGAGUGCAAUCACAGUGUAGCGGAGACAACAGUUUUCCACACAACGAUUUUGGACUAAAUAGUUGUCAGAAUUUUGAUGAGCAUGUCCAAGAGUUUGGGUGCCAGAUCGAUUACAGUUGCUUAGAAGAUGAAAAUGACUACAGUGAGACAUGUACUGAUAAGGAACCACGUUCGAGUAAUUAUGUUCUUUCAUCUGGAAGAUGGAGUAUUAACCGAGAGACUCAGCCGACCGCUAAGAAACUGACGAUUGAUAAAGAAUUUGAGGAGUACUUCUCCAUGCUUAUGAUGUAGAAGAGAUUACUCAAGUUUGAAACCUGAAAAAGUGAAAAUGUAUAUGUUGUAAAGAGGCUUGUGUUGCAUGACUUUUGAGCCAAACACGAGAAUAAUUGUUAUUUUCCGUGGGAGGUAACUUUAUUUACUUUUAUGCAUUGAUCAGUAUUCUAUGCUAUACUGGCUUGCAGAUACACAUAUUUGUAAGCUUGCAAGUUUGUAUCCUACGCUAUUCGUAUAUUUUAUCUUGUGUCUUGAUGUU